AAGGUGACAAGUGACAUUUUCAUCGUUUUUCUUGCUAGUAUUAUUACUAUCUGGUUCGAUCCAUUAACAUUUUGUAUAUGCUGAUUAUUUGGUAGGAUGUAUAGAUACUGUCGGUGCUCCCUGUUUCCUUCAAUGGGCGCGACAAGUGUGUCUGAUUCGGGCCGUUGUCUAACAACUCAUUACCUUUAGGUUCUGGGUAUGGGAUCACCCCAUUGUCCGCGCUCUUUCUAUUUUGUUUAUCUGAUGUUUUCCGUACAACGGGUUGAGAUAAAGAUGAAAAAAAAAAUGUGCAAGUCCAAUUUCUUAGGCUUAUAGCUGACCAAAGUUUUGUAUGGUUCCGUACAUCGUGAGAGCAGAAUGAGCGAAACAACGCAUUGUUUAACUUUCAGUACACGAUUCAGUUUAGCGACAAAAUCUCAGGCGAAUUGCUAAAAAGAAACAAUAACUCUAUAUAGUUAUCGUUUACUUAAUUGUAUUUGACACUUGAGAUGUGAUAUUUAUCAAGGUUCCUUGGGUCAGUGGUAUUACACAUUUUAUGCUAUUAUACUUCUCUUACCACCACCAAUUGGUGCAACUUACCUUGUAGUGGUGUGGUGGCUUGCGUGUCUCGUCGAUCCACAGAGCUAUGUUGGCAGGAGCCUUGGCCCUCCAGAGCCAAGGUGAUGCAGUUAACCAAGAAGCACAGUCAUCAGUAUGAUGCAGAACACACAUGCUUCGAUCUGGUGGAGAUUUAAAAGCAGCUGCAUUCACAUGGUAUUGGUUUACAUUUGAAAGGAUUGCAUAAUCAAAAUGAUUAUGUAAAGUGAAUAUAAUCAAGCCUGAAGGAGCUAUAGUGGAGCCUAAUUGGGUACCAUGAUCACAUCAAGAAUCCACCAGUUAGCGCAAUGACAAGUAGCGAAGGGGCCUAUAUGCUGGAAUAACCUAGUUUUGUAAGGAGUGUUCAUUGUAGAGCAAAAUUUGGUCUCAACCUUCACACACGAAGAUGUACAACCAGAGUGCAGUUGGGGGAUUUGCAGGUUGUGCUACUCACCCUGAGGUGCUUCUGGUAGUUGUAGUAAGAACGAUUUUUGCCCACCUAGAUCGUCGCACUGUCAUCCGCAACACCUGGGCCGCAAGACACCGUAUUCAUGGGCAUGUGAUGCAAACUGUUUUCCUCUUCACUCAUGUUCAGGCACCAGUUGAGGCUUCUGUCUUGCGGGAGAGCACCAUCUUUGGUGACGUCUUUCAUCAGUUUGAUGAACAAGACAAAGUUCAUGCUAACCUUACCACAAAGGUAAGAGGGGCUGCCCAGUGGGUGCAUGCGCACUGCCCUCAGGCACUGUUUGUAAUGGUAAGUGAGGAUAAUGUGGUGGUGGAUGUUCAUAAACUUCUGCCAUACUUGCAUCGUUACCGCAACCAACUUUCUGCCAACACCACACUCUUAUGCAACAUAGUGACUAAAGACAGACCAUCUGAGUAUUUCCAUGCAGUUCAUGCCUGCCAGGAUGAUGUCUUUCUGGCUCCCACAGUUGUCCUGGACCAGCUGUGGAAUGCUGCAGAGACACUGGUUGACUUAAAGGGGGAGGAGAAAAUUACACCAGUGCUGAGCAGGUUGGCCACAGCAGCGGGUGUGUCAGUGGGGGACAUGUCUCCGUUGUUUGCCGGUGCAGUGAAAAAGACGUCAAUUUUGAAAGAGUUUCUUGGCAUAGGCUACCAUCAUAGCCAGGUAAUGGUUGGCAUGGUGCCAGAAGACUACCAGGGUAAAGAAGCUGCCAUCAUGAAGCACGUCUGGCGGGUUGUCCAGGAACAUCACACCCGCACCCAGAUUUUCAACGUUUAUCGUGCUCAGUUUCCUCCCUCUGGCCCCCAUGAGACAGGAAAUGUACAGACCAUGGCCAUGAUUUUGCUGGGUGUGGACCUCAUUAUUGUUCUUCUUGUGUUCCCUUUCAUAUUGUGGAAAAAGAAAUGCUGUCGACUGUGACAUCUCAAAGAUCAGAUUCCGAGUCAAAGUGUGCAAUUGUGUACAAUUUUACAAACUAUUUUGUAAUUCUGUUGGCAUGAAAUUUUGUUGUGUUAGUGUUUGUGCCCACAAAUUCAUUUAUGCAUGAAUGUAUUCAUUUAGGUAUGUUUUUAUGCCAUACAUAAGUUGGGUGCAUUCAAGAGUAUGUGCUGGUACAUUCAGACUUGAGAAUUUCCUCAGAAUAUUGUGUGGGAGAUACUAAAUUACUAAUGCUUACAAUUUUUGUCUGUGAUAUACUGUAUUUAGCUUUAAAUGUGUAGAGGUGCACUUGCAGUUUUCAAAUUUUGAUUAGUGCAUCAAAUAUUAAAAUGUACAAUCAGUUGGCACUUUUCAGCCAAGCAAUAUUAGACUUCACCGAGAAAAAAAAUUCAUCCAAAAAAAUCCUCUUAAGCCAAAACUUUAUUUUGGACAAAUAAAUAUUGACCAUUUAUUUAGGUAAGUUUAGGAAUUGUAAACAAUUUACUGAUUUUUUUUUAAAAUCUAGUUUCAUAGGAAAUACUUUCAACUUCUUACUUAUUGCAAUAUGAUGUACGUGUGUGCUCACCUAUAAAUUUUAGCUUAUUUUCAGCCAAUUUAUUCAUGGCCAUUUUUUUUAUGCCUAAUCUGCUAAUGCAUAUGAUGAUGAUGAUAAAGAAAGCUUUGCCAAUGAGCUCAAACAAAAGAGCAGUUUGAGAAACAGUUUACAAAGUAAAAGAGGGGGAAAAAAACUGAGGGAGUAGACCAGGGGAAGAGAAGGCUGGAAACCACCAGCUAUUAGAGAUAUGUGUAUUCUCAAAAGAGGUGGAUGUUAGGCCCAGUCUUGAAAACUUCAGGCUAGGCAUUCCAGACAUUGGUUCCCAAAUUCUCUCAUAUCUAUCCUCAUGCACCUGAAUAUGCAUGCAUGCAAAUCCCAAACAGAGAAACAGCAAAGACAUUCAAAUCAAUUUUUGAGGCGUUUGGUGGGAAUUAAAUAUUUGUUGAAGUCCAGAAAGAGUGGCUAAACCUACAGAUCAGUUAAACCAACCUUUAUGUUGAUUAUUAUUUGUUUAUGACAUUCAUAACAGAUGCUGUCACCAAGCACAGACUACCUUGCACUCAAAUUUUGUUUCCAGCAUCUCAUGCUCUGAGUCACAACUCUAGGGUUUCCCACUUCCUUUUUCCAUUUGUUAAUGGCAGCUACUUUCAGCAUUAGGUUUUACUUCAUGUUUAUCAAAUGCAAAUUUCAUAAUGUACCAUUUUGUAAUAUUUUUUGGUCUAACCUUUAUUUACUAGUUAAUGAAAAAGUAUUAGCACAUUUUCUGUAUAUUUGUGCAUGCUCACAUUGUGAUGUAAUAAUAUAGAUAUGUACAGUUUUGUUUUUAAAGAAGAAACCAUUGGAUGUGCCAGUCUCUAGUGUUUACCAAGUAAGGAGCUAUGUUCUUGGCCCUAACCAUGACUCCCUUAAUUGUGGGCCAGUCUACUCUGUCACAGACUUUUAAAAAUAAUGUAAUAUGGAUAGCAUUGGAUGAAAGCUAGUCAUUGGUCAUUGUGAUGUGGUAUUUGUUAUUGUACAAAUUUUUUUCCUUUUGGUCUGCAUGCUAGUCUCAACAAUCAAAGAGGUAAAGUGAUUUAAUAACAUCUAAAACCAGUUUUUGCAAAGGUCCAAGUUACAGUCUUUUUAACUUUGUCCAACAGUGUGUAAUCGAGUGGUGGGGGCCGGUAGUCCGACCCUUUACAAGUGUUUGCACAAGAAAGCUUGCUUGCUGUUGCAAGUUGUUGAUGCAGUGGCUGUUGUCAAAGUAGCCAUUAGCAGCAUCCAAGUGCUUCUUCAGAAAACUGCUAAUAUUUCUUUUAGCAGGAUCAUAAAUUCAUAAACUCAAUUAUGUCAAUAUUGUGACUACAGCAAAUUGCUUUAGCACAAUGUCACUUUAUUCCAAAUGGGGAAUUGUAGGAAUAUGUUUAUAAAUUUAUGCGAAAUUAAAAAACAUGCAGAUAAACAAGCAGGAUAAAGAUACAAAGGCCUCUCAUUCGCACUAGUGGCUUUAAAAAGAAUGAUUCAUGUUUGAUGUUGCGUGAUUAUUAUGGGCUGCAAUUUUCUUUUCAGAUGUAUACAAAGAGACUAGCCACAAUAAAAUUGUUUGCACUUUUU